GGCGGUGGGAGUAGGGAGGUGUGGGGGCGAUGGAUAGUUGUGCGAGGGAGCUGCAGACCAACGUUCGACCUCGCGGUACUUAUACUGUGGAGAUGAAUGGAAGGAACAGCAUCAGGGAGGCCCAUGACGUUCCCGACAGCAAGCAAGAAUAGUCCGCCAGCACUAGAAGGGCAGGGAGAAGCCUGUAGCGAGCACAGCGCAGGCACGAACAGGGCGCUGACGCACUAGAGCACGCCACCAAGACAGGACCGUAGCACGGAGUGUGUCGUCACAGUCGGGCGAGAGUCGGAAUCCGCACGUCCCGAGCGGCCUUGCCCAAUGGAGGCGAUCGCGCACCGUGAUUUACGCCAUGGUGCGAUGGGCAUAAUGAAGUCAGGCGGUGCGAUUGAACAUGCGCGACGGCUCGCUCGCAGGGAUGUGCCUGCGAUGGCGAUGCGAUGGGUUCGCGAUCAUAGGCACAGAGGCGGGGAACGCGUCAUGCCUUGUGCGACGUGAGAGUGCGAUGCUCCAAGUCCCGCAGGCUCUUUGCAAAUUCCAGCUGCAUGCAAGUUCAUGUACCGGUGAGGUGGGAUGACGGCGGGGAGCAAG